ACGUUACUGUCAAAUGUUUCAUACUUUCAUAGUUGUAAGAAUCGAAAAGGCCAUUACGUAUUUUACGAUAUUUAAAUUGAAUAGUCUCUAUAGGCCUGUUUACCGAACGUCAAAUAUUGCCAUUGCACCAAAUGCGGUUCAAUGUAAAACAAAAGUGAAAAAAGUUCAAAGCGUCAUUAUAGCGUCAUUAGAUUACAGCAAAUUUAUUUAAGAUUUUUUGGCUGUCGCAUCAUUGACUAUAUUCAAAAUGAGUGGAACAAAUAGUGAUUCUUCGAUGACAUCCCCAGUUACUUUUCAAACUCCGACUGUACCAAAAAGAUCCAGAUAUACCUCACCAGAAGAUGCGUUUGAAAGUUUUCUCAUGGCUGUUGGUAACCUUCUUGAAGCGGUUAAUGUGUACAGAGCAAAAAAUUACGGUAAUCUCGAUGUAAAGAAACUGGAGGAAGUACGUGGAAUCAUUGCUGUACAAAUAGAAGUACUACAAGAGGUGUCUAACAUUUGCGUCAUCGCUCAGCAAACCGAUGGAAACAUCCACAACGCAGCAAACGCUGAUGCAAUAAUAAAUUGUAAUCUCCAGAAAUUCCAUUCCCGAGCAAACUCGUCAAGCCAUGGACAGAACAAAAUGAGUGCCACAAAUAGUGACUCUUCGAACACACCAGGUACUUCGGUAACUCCGUCUCGUGGACGAAGAACCAAAAAUACAUCGCCAAAAUUUGCCUCUGAUCAUCUCGCCAAAGCCGUUGGAUUUCUUUUUAAGAUGGUUAAUAGAUACAAGUGCAGUUUAUUUAGUGAAGUCGAUACGGACAUGUUGAAGAAGAUAAAGUCAGCCAUUGAUCUGCAAGUGGCCGAACUUCAAAUUAUCUCUGCCAUGUGCGUGAUCAAUGAAAAAUCUUCCGAUGAAAGCAGCAGCAACUCAGCAGUUCUUCAACCAGGAAACUCUUCAACCAAUGCUUAGGCGAACAGCCACAUCUCACAUUAAAGGUCGACAUAAAACCUUGGCAACGGUAGCCGCAUUAAAAACUAUAAACAUAUUCGAUAAGUUAAAUUCCAUUGAGCUUUUUUAUAAAUAGAAUAGAUUUUUUUUGUUUCUCUAAUUUUUAAUAAUUUAAUAAAA